GGAGCGGUCAGCCGCGAGUCGCCUCCGCGGCUAGUCGGCUCGUGGGCGCGCUGGAAUGAAGUGAAUUGCGCAGCCCCGCGCUCGCCCGGCCCGGCCAUGGAGCUGAAGAGGUCCAUCUCGGCCAGCGCGGAGGCCGAGAGACCGAUGAGGCGCUACGGAGCAGUGGAGGAGACGGAAUGGAAGGCGGAGGCGCUGGGGAGAAGUCAACUUGACAUCAUUUCAAUGGCUGAAACAACAAUGAUGCCCGAGGAAAUUGAGCUUGAGAUGGCAAAGAUCCAGAGACUUCGGGAAGUCUUAGUUAGAAGAGAAUCAGAACUCAGGUUUAUGAUGGAUGACAUCCAGCUAUGUAAAGACAUUAUGAACCUUAAGAGCGAGCUGCAGAAUUUGGUAGCAAUCCCAGAAAAAAAAAAAACUAAGAUGGACAAACAAAGAGAGGAUGAACUGAUUCAGAAGAUUCACAGACUGGUACAAAAAAGAGACUUUCUUGUAGAUGAUGCAGAGGUGGAAAGAUUACGAGAGAAAGAAGAAGACAGAGAGAUGGCUGAAUUCCUUCGCACCAAGUUAAAACCCAUAGACAAAGCUACACAAUCUCCUACUAGCAGCCCAGCAGAAAAGAAGGCAGAACCUCCUCCAAGCAAGCCCACCAUUGCCAAGGCAGGAUUGGCUAUUAUUAAAGAUUGUUGCGGGGCGACACAAUGCAACAUCAUGUAGCUCUGGGCUUUCUACCAUGUUUGUCUUUUUAAAUGUUUUCAUUGAAUGAAACUGUGUAGAGUGAGGGGAACUAACAGCAUCCUGCUAACAGAAUCAAGAGCAACUGGUACAACAGUUAUGUAUGGAAUGUGCAAUGGCAGGUUCUUCACUGUUGCAUGGAUCACUCAACACGCAUGCCUAAAAACAAACGAAAUAUAUAUAGUGGCUGUCCAGUGACCAGAAAAGAUAGUUAGUAGAGUCAACAAAAACACCCCACUGACAGAAGUGAAUGGAAAGAGGGUAUAUUUCAUCCAGUAAGGUGUAAAAUGGCAAUUUUAAUAGGUCAACACUUGGUAAGAAUGUUGUACACUUUUCCCUUUGACAAACAGCACUCAAAAAUUGCUUAAAUACCCAUUUUGGCUACUUUUCUAAACAAAAACCACAGUAGUAUAUGCUGUAUAUAGCACAACUGAUAGAUGAAGCGAUUUCAGGAUAACUGAUGUUGCAUACAGAAUCUUUAUCAAACUACUAUGAUCUUCAACUACUUUGCUGUGGAUUUUCACUUCAAAUUCUUUAGAAAGAGGAUCAGUGACAAGGAUGUUGCAAGUAGAAAAAGAUUUUUAUAUCCCAUAUGAUUCCUAAAUUACUCAAGUCAGAUUAAUACUGCUUACACCAAAAAUAAAUCUGAUGAAGCUUUAACAAGCAGAGCUACAGUAACUGCAAAUAGAUGUAGUCCAGAGUUGUACCAUUUCUUUUUUAGAUUUGCACCUCACAUGGAGUCACAGAAAUAUUUACCCAGAGAUUUUUGUCUACUAUUAGAAGUUACAUGCAGUAUGACAUUAUGUAGCACUGGUAGGUUACUGGGAGGAGAGUGGAAGACAAACAAUUUAAUAUUUAAAAAACAGUUAAAACAACUAUUAAUUGCAUAUGUCAUGACCACAAGAAAUAUAAACUUUCAAGCAUAGGAGAACAGUAGUCACCCCAAGACAAAUUGACCACAAGACAAGUACACAAAUACAGAAGGAGAUAGUUGUGAUAGAGAGAUCAUAUUCUACACAAAUGGGUUUAAAAUUAAGGGAAAUACAGAAAGACUUACCUGUGUUUCACUACUAAAUGUGUUUCUGGUCUCUAUGCAGAUUAAGCCUUGUGGAAUCUAAUAUGUUAGCUGUCAGUAGCUAGUUUUUCUGUGUGAUGGUACUUCAUAUAAAUGUACUGUGAUAGGUGUAAAUAGUAAAAUAAAUGUAUAUGGAUCUAAUGUGAAAAUCUCAGGCUUAGAAAUAACAGAUAGCAAAAAGUUCCUAAAAUAAAGUUCUUCAAGAGGAAUUUCCAUUUUUUGAAGCCAGCUAAGUGACAUCUGCGCUUCUAUGUAGAAAGGAACCACAGCUAUAUGAAAGGAGAAAAGAAAUAACAGCAGUUACGCCAAAAGGCUAAACAGUAAUUUUUAUUUUUUUUUUUAAAAGAGGAAGUAUCUUUAAAUUCAAGAAGAUAGACAUAAUCUAAAGUAACCCAGACUAUUCUUGUACAAAUAAAACUUAAUCCC